CUUAAGUAAUACACAGAAUUCAUGGCCAAGAUAGUGACUAUAAGAGAAGUGAGAAGAUUUAUCAUACAAUCAUUGAGAGCAGCCGGUGGAAGAGAUGCACAAUGUGAAGACCUGGCAGACGUUCUAGUUGCAGCUGAUGUACGUGGACAUUACAGCCAUGGCUUGAAUAGACUUGAAAUGUAUUGUGAAGAUUAUCAGAGAGGUACAUCUGACAAAGAUGCUUCACCAGUAACAGAAAAAGAGACUGCAGCAACAGCACUAGUGAAUGGAAAUAAUUGUCUAGGAGCAACAGUUGGCAAGUAUUGUAUGAAUCUUGCAAUUCAGAAAUCCAAAGAAAUUGGUGUGGGUGUUGUAACUGCUAAAGGUUCAAACCACUUUGGGAUUGCUGGGUUUUACGGUCUAAUGGCUAAAGAAGCUGGUCUUGUUGGGAUCUCCUUAACCAACACCUCUCCUCUUCAGGUACCAACCAGGGGUAAAGUUUGUACAUUGGGGACAAAUCCUAUCAGUGUAAUCGCCCCAGCCCUGGGGGAUGACUAUUUCGCUCUGGACAUGGCAACUUCAGCUGUUGCCAUAGGAAAGGUAGAAGUACAGCGGAGGAAAGGAGAGGAGCUACCCGCGGGGUGGGGGUGCGAUGUUAACGGUAUUGAGGCUAAAGAUGCUACAGAUGUUAUUGUAGAUGGUGGUUUGUUUCCUCUCGGUGGACCUGAGAUAUCUGGUGGUUACAAAGGGUACGGUCUAGCUCUCAUGGUUGAAAUGUUCGUGGGCAUCCUCUCUGGAGCGCACUGGGGACCUCACAUAAGGAAAUGGCAAGCGCCCAACGAGACAAGAACUGCUGAUCUGGGUCAGUUCUUCAUGGCACUGAACCCGGCAGUGUUUGGGGAGGGGUUCAGUGAGAGGUUACAGUUGUUAAUGGACUAUCACAGGGCUCUAGAACCGAUUGCUGGUGUAGACAGUGUCUUGGUUCCUGGAGACCCUGAGCGGUCACACGAGACACUGUGUCGCGAUUCUGGCGGGAUUCCUUAUCAUGAGGCUUUGAUUCGAGACAUGGGUAUUUUUGCUGAGAAGAUAAAAGUAGACCCCAUGGAAACUCUGGACUGAGUUACAAAAUUAGACCUUUUAUUUUUAGUAAUAAUCUUUAGUAAUAAUUUUUGUUGAAAAAUGUUGAUUAUUUUAGCACUUCAGUUUUUUAAAGAAUGGUAUAUUCAAUUUUUGGAUUUAUAUGAAUGAUUGAUUUUAGAGUGGAAAAUUCUAUUUUUGAAUUUAUUAAGAUGUUUGAUAAAAUUUUUAUAUUAUCUGAAGU